CACGCCGCAACACGAUGGAGAGCACGAAAUCUGAACCGCAUAGAGUGUUGGAACUUUUCAGCGGUAUUGGCGGAAUGCGAAUGGCGUUGGAGCAAGCUGGGAAAGAGUUUGAAAUCGUCUCCGCCAUCGACGUGAACCCAAUCGCAAACGAAGUUUACAAGCACAAUUUCGGCGCCGAAACGGUCCGCAAUGGAAAUAUACUGAGCCUAACGGCGGAGAAAGUAACCAGGCUAAAGGUCGAUACGAUCCUGAUGUCGCCGCCCUGUCAGCCCUUCACGAGGAACGGAAAGUUUAACGAUAUCAACGAUCGAAGGAGCGACCCAUUUCUGCACAUUUGCGAGCUGCUGGAUAGGAUGCCGCUGGUAAAGUUCAUACUGAUGGAAAACGUGAAAGGGUUUGAAAAUUCACAAGCCUGUGAGAUGUACAAAGCGCGCCUGCGGGAGGCAGGUUUUCACUAUCAGCAGUACAUACUAUCGCCGCACCAGUUUGGCGUGCCCAACACACGCCACCGGUACUACUGUAUCGCAAAACGCAAUGGAGCGGAUUUUAAAUGGAAGAGUGAAGAAAUUAUUACCACACCGCAAGCAGGCUGUGGUGCAAAGCAAACGUUGGUUGGAACGAUUGUGGACACGCAGCAAGACGCAUUGGAACAGUAUGGGUUGAAAAGUGCUACAUUACUAAAGCAUCUUCCACUGAUGGAUGUAUGCACGCCGGAAUCCACCAACUCGAUGUGCUUUACGAAAGCGUACACGCAUUACGCGGAAGGUACGGGUUCGGUGUACUGUCCUCUUUCUAGGCAGGAGUUCGGCAAGACCUAUGCCCUUGCGAUGGGUGCCGAGGAGGACGAGGAUCGAAAGCUUGCUGUGCUGCGGGAACUGCGCGUGCGAUACUUUACCCCGAAAGAAGUGGCGCGAUUGAUGAGCUUUCCAGAGCAUUUUAGCUUCCCAGAGACGGUCACGAACAAGCAACGUUAUCGUGUGCUGGGUAAUAGCAUAAACGUGUUUGUCGUCAGUGUGCUACUACACGAGCUGUAAAUAAAUACGUUGAAUUUGGUGCACAAAA